UCCAGCGGCUCCAGGACCUGCUUCCCACCAGAGACCCCGCCUGUCUCACUAGAUGCAGGCUGAGGCCCGGGUGACCCCAGAUUCUACUGUGCACCCCAGGACUCAGUCUCCUUCCUCUCUAGGUCCAAAUCUGCAUCUCAGGAUGGGCUUCUGUGGAGAUGCCCGGUGCCCACUGCAGGGCAAGGUGAGGGGCAGUGGCACAGCUGUCAUCCCCGCGACCCUCACUCUGCUCCUCUGCCUGUGUCUCACUGCUUUCCCCUUCACCAUCUUGGGAUGGGGCAGGCAGGGUGCUCAGGGGAGAGCGUGACCUGCGGGGGAGCUCAGCCCUGCAGGAGAUUCUUCUAAUGGCCUUAGAGCAGCUUAGGUGUGGGGACACGCGCCUCCCUGUCCCCGUUCACAUUGCCCACAGCAUUGUCUCCGGGGCACCACGCAGAGGCUGGGCCAGCAGAGGAGAGAGGCACAGAGCCUUGGUCCAAGGAACCAGCGAGCAGAGGCCCCCAAGGAGACCACUGCCGACAUCCAGGCGGAGAUGGGACAGCAGUUCAGCUGGGAGGAGGGGCGGGCCUGCGAGAUGGACGUGGCCGAGCUCCAGGAGUGGUACAAGCGGUUUCUGAUGGAGUGUCCCAGCGGCACGCUCUUCAUGCACGAGUUCAAGCGCCUUUUCAAGGUCACAGGCGACGACGAUGCCAGCCAGUACGUGGAGGGCAUGUUCCGGGCCUUCGACAAGAACGGGGACAAUACCAUCGACUUCCUGGAGUACGUGGCGGCCCUGAACCUCGUGCUGCGGGGCUCGCUGGAGCACAAGCUCCGCUGGACCUUCAAGAUCUACGACAAGGACCGCAACGGCUGCAUCGACCGCGCGGAGCUGCUGGACAUCGUGGAGUCCAUUUACAGGCUGAAGAAAGCCUGCCGGAUGGAGACGGACAUGGCCAAGGACGGGCAGCUGCUCAGCCCCGAGGAGGUGGUGGACAGGAUCUUCCUCCUGGUGGACGAGAACGGGGAUGGCCAGCUGUCCCUGGAUGAGUUCAUCAAAGGUGCCCGUCGUGACCAGUGGGUGAUGAAGAUGUUGCAGAUAGACGUGAACCCUGGCAGCUGGAUCACCCAGCAGAGGCGGAAAAGUGCCAUGUUCUGAUCCCCACACCCCGCAUCGAGUCCCCAAGCCGAUCAGGGGGUUCAGUCCCCAUGCAGGGCCUGCUGGGGUCCAAACAGGAGUUGACUGCUCCGUCCCUAAGCUGCUCCCAGGAGAACUGUGCCUUGCUGGAGGACACAGGGUCCUGCACAAUUCUAGUCCUCUGUGGAAAGUAGGGCCCAGCUGGGGAAAUGGGGUCCCUAAGCUGGAUCAGCAAAGUGAGCGCUCAGGUUUUGGGAAGCAAAGACCCAGGAAGCAGGGGCUGGAAGUGCUGAAGAUAGGGGGUACACUGGGGGGUCACAGUCACAAACCCCCAGUCUCCGCAGCAGUGCCCAUGGGGAGGACCCUCCCGGCUCCCCUCGAGGCAGCUUCCUGGAGGUGUCACCAAGGGGAUGCUAAAGCAAGACAGCUGGGAUGUCUGAGCAGGGAGGCUCUGCGAAGGGGGCUGUCAGCUCCGCCUUCCCGUGGCUCCCACCACCGCCUGCCAGCCCCUCCACUUCAGCCAGGGACCUUCGCCCCUCCCUUGAAGGAUGGAGGAAGUCAGGGGUCUGUUGACCUGGGUUCAGAACCAGGCUUUGCCUCCAGUGGCUGUGGGACCCCUCCCCCCCGCCAUCGUUCCCCUGGAUUUUGCAGAUUGGACUCCAUGAGCAGCUUUUAAAUGAUUGCUUUUAGGUGUGGGCUUCUUUGUUGUUGUUAUACAAACUAUUUUGUGCAAUCCCAAUAUAAAAACCAGAUUAAAAGAAAUCCCUUCCACCUGAAGGGGGGCUGAGACAUUCAGACCCCUCCCAGCCAGGAAGUAGAAAUCAGGGUUACCCCAGUUUCCUGUGGGAUCUGGAAUAGUGUUUGCUUUCCUUCAACACAGAUAGUUUUUUCCUUGGUACCAGAAAUAAAACUCAGGACAUCAUCAUGCUUGCCAGGCAGGUGCUGUGCCGCUGAGCUAAAUCCCCAGCCUAGAUACAUUUUUAUAUUAAAGCAUAAAUAUAAAACUUGUGUAUAGAA